GUUGCGAUUGCAAGCUUUGUUUCAUUUCCGCCUUGAUUAUCUGCGCAGCUAUACUCUUAUAGCUCUGCUGCUAGCAUGACGCUCACCGUGCUCGCGUCCUUUUCCUUCCUCGCGCUGGUCGUAACUGCCCGUCCCAUCCUCGACUCCCCCCGGGACGCCUCCCUCCUCGCUUCCAAGCCAGCACUCCAGAAUGCCAUCCAGUCAUACUUCCACUCCCGCACCGGCCUCUUACCACCGUCAGACGAGGACAUCCAAGUCCACCUGACCUCCCCCGCCGAGCAGGAGAGCUUCCUCUCCCAGCUGGGGCUCGACGCCGUCAAGGUCAUCGCCCCCAUCCAGGACGCCGAGGAGCGCAAGCUGUACGAAGCCAUCGGCGGCAAACUGGACGACUUGGAUGGCGGUGUGAGGGUUCCAGAGGACCUGGUGUCGCGGGUGGCGGCAGAGGAAGCCCCGGCCAAGUCGCCUCAGAUUCCUCAGCGGGCGUUGUUCGACUUCACCGGCGUACCCUUAUCGGAGCCGCCCCCGCUGCUGCUGCUCACUUUGAGCGUCGCGAGCGCCGCGCUUGCCUUUGUCGGCGUGUCCCUCGCGCUCUGCUUUAUCCUGCCCGUUCGUGAGUUCGUCCUUGGCAAACGCAUCGCGCUCGAGGAGGACGGGGAGAAGGGCCCAGACGAUGCCCAGGGCGGGAACAAAGAGGUCAGUUUGGAUGAUGAGAAGGUAGUGCUCGACGAAAAGGCCACUCUGUCGGAACCGGUGCCACCGCCCCCGCCCGCUAUCGACCUCGACGAGAAGCAAGACCUAAUCUCCUUCGACAAGCCCCCCGCACCCAGCGCCCCCACCCCUCCCCCUCCCUCACUUCCCGCAUCACGUCCAGUCACCCCACAGCCCUCCGAGAAGCCCUUAGAGAGCCACCCCGACCCGGACCUGCUCCCCCUGCCCACAGCCUCCCCCCUCCCCAGCUACCGCCACCUCUCCACCCCCCCGCGGUCCCCCGCGCGCCGCCCGCUGCAGAUGCGCGAGCUCCCGCAGGCGGGCGGCCAGCCGGCGUGGGCGACGCUCGCCUCCGCCGCCUCCUCCACGUCCGACCUCUCCAUCCCCGGCGGGCUCCCCCUCGCAAUGUUCGAGCCGACAUACCACGCGCCGAGUGCUGAUGCCAGCCUCGCCCGCUCGAGUGCGGGGCGGCAGGUACGCAUGGUGGAGAGGCUCGUCGUGCCCCUCGCGGACCCGGCGUGGGUCGUGCAGCUGAUGGUGCAGGCGCUGUGGGGCUGGAUGGCCGUCUUUGUCGGCGGCGCGCGCUAGCGCUGGCGUCGUCGGUAGGUUUGGACCGCGGGGGUUCUUGCGCAUGCAUCUCUCUACCCCAUCCCGAUUCGCGUUCGUCUCAUGAUUAUAGCAUCUUUUCUUGGUUAUCGGAUUUCACUGCAUAUAUGUUACCCACUUCAUCAGCAUGCGAUACCGCGCUCAUAUCAUCAAAGACAUUGAUUGACAUUGACAAUUUUCGUCGACCACACAUUCAUUACUUUCUGUUCUGAGGACGCGGGUGGGACGUGACGGGUAUGGAAGAGGCAGUGUCGGUGUAUUGCGUAUGUGGAAGCUUAAAGAGUCGCGUGUGCUAGUCCAUCUUGGAUGCACUGGAUCCGAUGCUGUUGUAAAGCCUACUUACGUAGAUGGCACUACAUAGAACGCUCUUAUUUUCGAGAGAAUGCGAACACCAGUGCCUUGAGUAGGCACUGGUCCGCCAAUCUACUUUAGUUCGCCG